UACUAUCGGCGGUUAACAAGUUCUUAUCAUCUGCAAGCUCAAUCAUUCUAUAAGCUGUGCACUUCUCAAUAUGGAAGGACUUAUAAACAUAUUAAUGUGUUCAAUAUAUGCUCAGAUUUUCUAUUGCUUCGUUUUUUCAAAGCCAUGGCUUGACGUAAGAGUUUUGCGUUCCUCGCAUUUGGAAUUGUCCUGCAGUGAUAAUAUUGACAGUAACGGAACAACUUUAUGGUUUUUUCACAGGACUUUAAACGGAAAGCAAGAUAUGCAAAGCAUGUUUAAAAUAGUAUACAAUGAAACUGAUUCCAUUGUAAUCCAUCGGAAAAUAAUUGAAUCGACGCAGUGCGCAUAUAUAAAUCACACUGGUGUCAUCUGCAACAUAUCUGGCGAAGGGAUUGCUAACACAGGCGACAAAUGGCAAUGUUCGAAGUUCACAAACGAGAGUUCUUACAGCCGGAUCUUUACAUUACCAAGCCCGGGGCAAGUAGCUGAGGAAGGUCACAGCCUUGUCACAACAGAAGAAAUGGACAUGCUUAUAACGACGUCUGGUGGCAAAACUGAGACAAUAGUUAAAGUAGAUUCUGAGACAGGGAAAGAUAGCUCAGAAUGGAACAAAGACUCUACUAAAAUCAUAGCAGCAGCAGCGGGAAUAACGAUUUUCGUUGCAAUAAAUGUGUCUUUCUGCGUAUAUUGGAAAUAUAGACCUCGCCAAAUAGUAAUCAACAAUACGGACACAGGCAAGGACAAUACUACACCUAAACAAAUUGUAGUGAUGCCAUUAGACAGUCCUGAUAUGUAUAGCGACGUGCAAUACCAUGAAAUAUCGGAUGUACAGAUACUUCUUGCUGAAUGUGCUACUGCUAAAAAUACUUUGAGCGAAGCAAGAGUUGACAAUCCAAAUGAACCAACAUUUGAAGAUAGUGAAACCAUGGGACUAGCUCCUCAUAUACUGAGGCGGACAGAUAUGACUUUGCCAGUGUCUGGAAUUGGUGACACGGACAAAACUACGCUUGAACAAACUUCGUUUUUAGCAUUGGCCGAAAUAAAUAUGUCUGAUGUUGCUGAACUUGAAUCAGGAACGAAUAGGACGGACGUGAACAGUGUUCGCUACGAAAGUUUAGAUUCAACUCUCCGGGCUGAUGAAGAGCAAUACAGCACACCGGUAUAAACCAUCCGGACAUGUGAUUCUACAGAUACUUCAUACACAACAAAUCGAAAGGAUUUUGCAUUUGAUAUUUGAAUGUAACACAUUUAUCUAACGAUGUUUUUACGAUCGAAUAUAUAACUUGUAAAUCGUUGAGUAUUAUUAAUGUUCAAAUAUUUUCCUGAAUUGUGGUGUGAGGGGUUUUAAUUGUUAAUAAUUACAGAGGAAUAACAUUAUUAAGUUCUUUGGGGAAAUUAUUUACUAAAGACAUUAACAAUAGACUUAACAAUUGGGCUGAGCACUAUCAUGUCUACAUAGAGGCACAAGAAGGAUUCAGGCAAAAUAUGGGAACUGUUGAUAACAUUUUUGUGUUACACGGAGUAAUUAAUUAUUUAUUAAAUGAACAAAAAAGAUUGUAUGCCGUUUUUGUUGAUUUCACCAAAGCGUUCGAUUAUUUGGUUAGGGAUAUCAUAUGGUAUAAAUUGUUGAAGCUAGGCGUUAGAGGAAAAAUGCUUGAUAUCAUAAAAUCUAUGUAUACAAAUGUUAAAUCAAGAAUGAAAUUAGGUAAUACAAUAAGUAAUGAAGAUUGUUCCUGUUUUUUAGGAGUUAGACAGGGAGAAUCAUUAUCACCUUUCCUAUUUUCUAUUUAUUUGAACGACAUAGAAGAACAUUAUGUUAAAUGGUUUUAAAGGAAUAGAUAUUGGUAUGCUAAAAUUAUUUUUGUUAUUAUAUACAGAUGGCAUUGUAAUUAUGGCAGAAAAUGAGGAUGAACUAAUAAAAGGUCUGUCUUUGUUAGAGGAAUAUUGUGAUAGGUGGAAAUUAUAUGUUAACACAAAUAAAACAAAGGUUAUGGUUUUUAAAAAAGGGGGACAACUUAGGAGGGAUAUUAAAUUUGUUUACAAAGACCAAGCAUUAGAAAUUGUUAAAUCAUUUACAUAUUUAGGAAUUGUAUUCACUACAGGAGGAUCUUUUGCAAAUACCUUUGAAACACUUGCAGGCCAAAGGUUGUUUUCAAGCUUAACUCAUAUUUAAUAAAUUAUCCAAAAAUUUCAAUACUUACCAAAUUAGAAUUGUUUGAUCAGCUUGUUUUACGAAUUUUAAAUUAUGGGUCAGAAAUAUGGGACUUAACCGAGUCAAUGGCACUUGAAAGAGGUCACCUUAAUUUUUGCAAAAAACUUCUUGGCGUGAAAAUUCAAACACAAAAUAAUUGUGUAUAUGGGGAACUUGGAAGAACAUCCUUGAUAACUAAAAGAGCCAUAAAUGUAAUACCGUAUUGUUUGAAAAUUAUACAGUUAGAAGAUUAUAAGUAUGUGAAGUGUAUUUAUAGCCUCAUGUGUGAGAAUUUAAUAAAUAAACCAAAUAAACAUUCUUGGGCAAAAUCUGUAUGUAAUCUAUUGCAAACCUUAGGCUUCCAAUAUGCAUGGCUGAACCAAGAUGUAGGUGAUGAAAAGUGUUUUCUGUCUGUGGUAAAGUCUAGAUUAAAUGAUACAUUUAUUGAAAUUGGAUGUCAGAACUUGAUGAUUCAACAAGAGCAAUAAGUUACAGGCAGUUUUGUAAAUUUGAAAUCCCACCUUACUUAAAAAAAUAAUAGCAUAAAUAAGUUUAGAUAUGAUCUCUGUAGAUUAAGGGUUUCAUCCCAUAUAUUAGAAAUAGCAUCAGGCAGAUGGCACAAACCUGAAGCCAUACCAUUUCAAGAUAGUAAAGGUCAACAUUGCAAUGUCCUUGAGGAUGAAUAUCAUUUUUACUAGAAUGCUCUUUAUAUGAUGAUAUUAGGAAAUUGUAUAUAAAUAAAUAUUACUGGAAAAGACCAAAUAUGAUAAAAAUUUAUUGAAAUAAUACAAUCUGAUAAUACAAGUACCAACAGAAACUUAGCUAUGUAUGUACAUAAAGCAUUUAGUCAAAGAAUCCUGUAUAAAUAUUAUUAUGAUUAAUUGUAUAUAAUGCAUUACCCAAACUUGACUUCUCGUUCUCUACUCUAGUAGAUUCGUCUUUGUUGUUUUUUAUGUUACCGUUAUAGCAUUGAUUUUGAAAUAGAUUAUAAACGUUGUAAUCUAAAAAAUGUGUCCUUGACCUUUUCAUGUAUUGAUACAUGUACUUUAUUUAACAAAUUAUGAAAUUCAAUACUGAUCACAUGUCAUGCCUUUAUAUAUGUUACUAUGUUUUGAUCAUGUGUACUCAUGGACAGUUUGUCUAUUGUAUAUAUUGAAUAAACCUAUUAAUAGCCUCAGA